AUGAAUUUUGAUGCCGAAACCUCGCAGCCAACAUGGAAAUUAUGGGGUGAAGAAAGAGAAGAAGGUGCUGUCUACACAAUUUAUUUAAAAAAAGUGCGGUACCAAAAUCCUACAAAAACAUUACUGUUGGAAUCUGAUGAUGAACGAUCGCAUUUAGAAUGGGAGACGAUCAGAGUAAAGUUCAUUAAAGCUGGAACAAUAGAGAAAUUGGUUAAUAGUUUAGCAUCAGAUGACGGUGAAUUAGAAUCUACAUUUGUGAAUAUAUUUCUUGCCACCUAUAGAACUUUUGCAUCACCUCAUCAUGUUUUGUCAUUAUUAAUUGAAAGAUAUGAGUAUUUGGUAAACAACAAAGAAGCCUUAUCAGAAUCAAUGAUCGAUCCACAUAAAAAGACUGUUGUAUCUGCAUUACAUGUUUGGUUGGAUUCAUAUCCUGAAGACUUUCGCGAUCCACCUUUACACACUUGUUUAAGAUGUUUACAUUCCUUUACUUUUACAUAUUUGCCAAAAACUGAACUUCACAUAAAAGCAACGUAUAGACUUGAACGAUUCCUUAAAGAAUGUAAACAAUUAGACACUACUACAUUUAUUAGUGAUGAUUUCGACUUAGUUAUUGCCAAUUCUCCACAUUCUCCUUACAAUUUUCCUAACAUAGCGGAAAGGCAUUUUGCUGAGCAGUUAACUCGAAUGGACCGUGAUGUCUUAAGAAGUAUGGUUGCUCACCAAUGUUUAGGUGCAGUUUGGUCUAAGAAUAAAAGAGCAGGAUCUGCACCUACAGUCCUAGCUACAAUUGAUCAAUUCAACGCUGUGUCACUAAGAGUUAUCAGUACUGUGAUAUUGGCAAUCAAUUCAGAUAGACCACAUGUUAUUGAAACUUGGAUUGAUAUUGCUCAAGAAUUAAGAGUCCUUAAGAAUUUUUCCUCAUUAAAAGCAAUUAUAUCUGGCUUACAAUCCAAUUCAGUAUUUAGAUUAAAGAAAACAUGGCAUUCUGUUCCUCGAGACAAGGUGGAAUUGUUUCAAGAACUUGCACGGAUAUUUAGUGAAGAUAAUAAUCAAUGGGCGCAACGAAAAUUAUUAAUUAGAGAAGGAACAGCAAAAUUUGCCGACACAUUUGGACACAAUGAUAGACAUUUACAAAAAAUUAUUCAAAAGCAGCAAAGUACAAUGAGUAAGUUAAACAUUGGAACUAUACCGUACUUAGGGACAUUUCUUACUGAUUUGACUAUGAUUGAUGCCGCAACUCCCGAUCUCUUGCCUGAUGGUCUAAUUAAUUUUGAUAAAAAAAGAAAAGAGUUUGAAGUAUUAGCUCAAAUUAAGCUUCUUCAAGGGGCAGCAAAUUCAUAUAACAUAACUGAGGAUUCAGUAUUUGAUCAAUGGUUUCAUUCCAUUUUAGUUUUGGAUGAUAGAGAAGCUUUCAGAAUUUCUUGUCAAAUAGAACCAUCAGAUAAUAUACCAUCAUCGUGUGCGAAUUCAAUAAUAGGAACUGGAAAGAAACAAAAGUAUAUUAAUUAUGAACAUAAAAAGAAUGAUUCAAUUUCAAGUAAUUGUAGCAGCAAAAGCUUGUAUGGAUUAUCCGAUGAUGGUUUGCACUCACCAAAUAACUCUUUAGAUAAACAGGAUUCAUUGCUAGACCUAUCUUCUUCAUCAAGUAGCUAUUCUUUGCAAUCUUUUGACAUGUCACUAAAUGGAAGCAAUAACACUAAUAUCUUAGUUAAAAAUAAUGUCAAUAACUCAACAUUUAACACUUCGUCUGAUUUUUAUAUUAUUCGAAUAACGGUUGAUGCUGAUAAUGUGGAGACUGAUGGGGUUGUAUUAUACAAAAGUAUUAUGUUGAGUAACAACGAACGUACACCACAAGUUAUUAGAAAUGCUAUGCUGAAAUUUUGUAUUGAUGAUGACCCAGAAAACUACACCCUAUCUCAAGUUUUACCUGAUAAAGAAAUGAUUUUACCAAUGACAGCCAAUGUGUAUUAUGCAGUAAAUACAGAAUAUGAUUUGAACUUUUUGCUACGUAAAAAAACAUGGAAAAACAACACAAUUCCUAAGAAAUGA